CUCCCUCUGUCACCCUUGGAUUUUGCGGGAUGGGUCGAGAGCUUUUUUAGUGCCACACUCCUCUAACAAUAAAGACAGAGGCAGUUAUUGCUGGCAGUAUUUGUCCCGUGUCUGAGUGCAGCAGUGAGUGCAGUGGUGUGUCAGAGGCAGGGACGGACCAGCAGCCAUGGAUGACGUAUAUAAAGCAGCGGUUGAGAACUUGACAGAGGAGCAGAAAAAUGAGUUCAAGGCUGCGUUUGACAUCUUCAUCCAGGAUGCAGAGGACGGCUGCAUCAGCACCAAAGAGUUGGGGAAGGUGAUGAGGAUGCUGGGACAGAAUCCCACCCCUGAAGAGUUACAGGAGAUGAUUGAUGAGGUGGAUGAGGAUGGCAGCGGCACAGUAGAUUUUGAUGAGUUCUUGGUGAUGAUGGUCCGCUGUAUGAAGGAGGAGAGCAAAGGAAAAUCAGAGGAGGAGUUGGCUGAACUGUUCCGCAUGUUUGACAAGAAUGGAGAUGGCUACAUAGAUUUAGAAGAGCUGAAGACCAUGCUGGAGUCCACUGGAGAGGCCAUCACGGAAGACGACAUUGAGGAGCUGAUGAAGGAUGGAGACAAAAACAAUGAUGGCAAAAUUGAUUAUGACGAGUUCCUGGAGUUCAUGAAAGGUGUUGAAUAGAGGAUUCAGCUGGAGGCAUCACCCUGCAGCCUCUUCACUUUCCAUUGACUGCAUCAUCAUCUAAGGUCAUUCCUGAAGACAUGCCUCCACCUUUUGUCUGCUUUUAACAAUACAAACAACACACCUGUCCUCAGCAGACACCUGUCCUGUCACUUAUUCUCAAACAACCCACCACCGAGGCCCUGAAAGGUUUGCCGAGAGAUCUCAUUGACUGCAAAUAUCUUUAUUUCUGAUAGUGAUAAUGAAUCAAAGUGUCAUAAAUAAAAACUAUUUUCAAUAAAAAGAUGCUCAUAAUUGCA